GCCACGGGACGGGUAACGGUUACCAAGCACUUUCUCAGCCGCGAUUUCUGCUUAGUCAUUGUCUUCCAGGAAACGGUCCCUUCAGUUGGGAGUCAACUCUGAGGCGGCAGCCACAGUAUCAGCAGCCGCAGCCGCCGGCGCGUCCUUCCCGGGCCGCCGCUCCGCCACCGUCCGGCCUCCCUCAGUCCCGAGCGCAGGCCGGGGUCCCGCCGCGUGGGGCCGGCAGCCUCGCGCCCGGCUCUCCUGCCUCGGGCACCGCGUCCUGCGGGGCGGCCUCCUUCCUCGCCCGCGGCCCCGUCGCCGCCUGGCCCCCUCGGUCGGCCGCUGCCAUGGGCACCGACAGCCGCGCGGCCGGGGCGCUGCUGGCGCGGGCCCGCACCCUGCACCUGCAGACAGGGAACCUGCUGAACUGGGGCCGCCUGCGGAAGAAAUGCCCGUCCACGCACAGCGAGGAGCUGCGAGACUGUAUCCAAAAGACCUUGAAUGAGUGGAGUUCCCAAAUCAGCCCUGAUUUGGUCAGGGAGUUUCCAGAUGUCUUGGAAUGUACUGUAUCUCAUGCGGUAGAAAAGAUAAAUCCUGAUGAAAGAGAAGAAAUGAAAGUUUCUGCAAAAUUGUUCAUUGUAGGAUCAAAUUCUUCAUCAUCAACAAGAAAUGCAGUUGACAUGGCCUGUUCAGUCCUUGGAGUUGCACAGCUGGAUUCUGUGAUCAUUGCUUCUCCUCCUAUUGAAGAUGGAGUUAAUCUCUCCUUGGAGCAUUUGCAGCCUUACUGGGAGGAAUUAGAAAACUUGGUUCAGAGCAAAAAGAUUGUUGCAAUAGGUACCUCUGAUCUAGACAAAACACAGUUGGAACAGCUCUAUCAGUGGGCACAGGUAAAACCAAAUAGUAACCAAGUUAAUCUUGCCUCUUGCUGUGUGAUGCCACCCGAUUUGACUGCAUUUGCUAAACAAUUUGAUAUACAGCUGUUGACUCAUAAUGAUCCAAAAGAACUGCUUUCUGAAGCCAGUUUCCAAGAAGCUCUUAAGGAAAGCAUCCCUGACAUUCAAGCACAUGAGUGGGUGCCCCUGUGGCUACUGCGCUAUUCGGUCAUUGUGAAAAGUAGAGGAAUUAUCAAAUCAAAAGGCUACAUCUUACAAGCUAAAAGAAGGGGUUCUUAACUACAACUUAGGAUCAUAACCUAUUUACUGACUUGUCGUUACCUUGAAUAGAAGAUAAAAUUGAGAUGUAUAAAAACCUGGUCACUUCCUGUAAAUGCUGUCAAGGAGGCAGAUAUUCUUCAGUUACAUUUGACACCGUCUUACCUGUCAAGCUUUGAAUACUUCUCUUGCCUCCGUAUCAGUUCACUCACCCAAACCACUGUAUUGUUUUCAUUAAACUAUUGUUUUCUAAUUGAAAUUGCCUAUAAAGAAAAUACUUGCAAUAUAUUUUCCUUUAUUUUUAUGACUAAUAGAAAUCAAGAAAAUUUGUUGUUAGAUAUAUUUUGGGCCUAGGCAUCAGGGUAAUGUAUAUAUUUUUUAUUUCCAAAAAUUAAUUAAUGGCUUCUUAUUCUAUAGUAUAAGCAAUUACAAUUGUUAAGAUUGAAAUACUGGAAGAUAUUUUUUGUUAUUAAUAAGAUGAUUAUAUCCAGAGUAACUGGAGUAGCUGGGAUCUACUAGUAGUGUAAAUAAAAUUCAUUUCUUCAAUACAUGAAUGAAAACUUAAACUUUAUGUGUCCUUGCUUGUAUUUACCUAUAAUGAUUUAAUCAUGUAUUCUUGUGCCGUAUUUUCCUUGCAAUGAUUUCCAAGACAAACCAAAGUAAAUCUGAAAAAGGAGAAUAGAAGCUUUGAAACUAUUGUUUGGGGUUUUAUAAAGGCAACUAUUAUCAUCUCCAGAUUCUUUGUAAUUAUUGGUCUAUACUUAAUUUUUUGGAACUCAUUCAAGAAUAUUUAAUAAGUAUUAAGUGUUUACCAUGUGCUGGGCAAUGUGGACUAUGAGGAAGUGGGGGGCAUAGGGAUUCAGAAUCAGUUGAGUAAAAUAUGUAAUAUUUGCUCCUCACUAAUAACCAACUAGGAGGUACUAAAAGCCAGGAAAGGAGUGAAAAAAAUCUUUAAUUCAGGGCCAGCAUUGUCUGUUUAGACAACUUUUUUGAGAUACAGUCUUAACUAUUUAAAAGCAAAAUGUUAUACACUUGAUCUUAGUGAAAAGGCCAAGAAGCGAUAAAAAAGCAAAGUGUUAUGAUCCAAACUUUAGAGCUAGAGGAGGCUAUAGAUUAUUUAUUAUAAUUCCUCAUUAAACACUAGAAAAUAGCAAAUAAAUAAGCCAUGCCCUUUGAUAUAUACUAUGUCUCCACAGUUCUAGAAGUUUGUAAUCCAAAUAGUUUGAAAAUUUCUUUACAAAUCUCAUAUCUCAAUCAGGACUUUUCAACCAUGUGUCCUCAUAUACAGUUUAUAAAAAUUCAUAUUUAAAACUAAUUUUGCCCAAGGUUUUUCAACUUAGAGAAAAGAAAUAUGGUUCCAUAUUCAAAGUAAAUAUACUAGACUCUUCCUAUCCUAAACAAGGUUUUGUAGUUUACUGGUUGGAUAAUUUCAUCAUUAAAAUUAUAAUGUGAAAUCAGCUGAAUUACUUGUUACAUAAAACUCAUUUAAACUUAGAAUUCCCUAAAGCCUUAUAUUGCCUUUAUGGUAAUUGUAUAUAAUGUUAUUGAAUGUAUAUAGUUAACUUUUUUAAUCUGGAAAUGUACAUUUUUUCAUACAACAUAAGUUUCUAAACAAAUGCUCAUUUUAAUUUAAUCCUAAACAGUGAAUUAGUCAAGAUAUUUUAAGAAGGAACUUUAAUAUCACAUUUGUUUUUUAAAACUGUAGACUUACAGAAAUGGAUUUUUUGAAGGGUUAUUUUGAAGAUAGAAAAAAACAAAACUAAUGUUAAUUUAUCCAAAUGUCAUAAGAGCUUUUUUUGUGUUCUUCCCCCACCCCCUCAACAAAAAAGCAAGACUGUAGUUUCAUUUUGUGAAGGGGAUCAUGUAGGUAUGGAAUUUUAAAAUUAUUUUAUUGUUUCCCUUCUGAACCUUUAAUUUCUGUUAUUGAAUAAACUUUAAAAAAUGAUUUUUUUUAAGGCUUUACAAUUUAACAAGCUGAUAUUCACAUUUUUUGGUAAACUAACAGAAUAUAGUGACUACUUUCCAAAUACUUAAGGACUUAAUGUGUAAAAAGCCAUAAAACAAAGAGCAGUAAUACUACCAAAUAAUUGCUUAAAGCUGAAAGCUAAGUUAUCAAUAGUGUAUAUAACAGAUACAUUUUCUAGGGAGAGGUGUGUUCAUGACUCAGUGUAGAAAGAAUUUAUAUAAUUGGUUUUUUUUUUUUCAACCAACAUGAAAAGAAGCUACAGCUUGUUAUUACAUUUCCAAAAUACACUGGAGCCUUACUUUAACACAAUGUACUGUAAACUUAGAAUUUGUUCUGUGAUGAGUCUAUCUUGAAUUCCCAUCCAAGAAACUCUAGUCACCAGAAGGACCAAGGUGUCUUAUAAAAUACAUUCACAUGGUGUAAAUUCUGAAGACCACAUUGUGCUGGUAUCCAGGUUAGAGUAUCCAUUUAGGGAUGGCUGGUGCUAGAUUGAAUCACAAAUAGCUAAUGAUUUUUUUGAUCUCAAAGAUCACUUAAACAGAUAUGUGUGGAAUGGAAAAUAAAGUUACUCUAUUUUGCAUAAAUGGUCAGAUUUUUCCCUACCAGAGCCAAGUAGUAACUGAAAUAAGAUCUCAGUUUUUAGUGAUAAAGGUCUAAGUCUCAUUUAAUUACAUCUCAUUUUUUAACAGAUUUCUUUCUACCUUUUCCACCUAGCAUUUUCAAUAGUGGGGAAUGUAAGUGACUGACAGUUUAUUAUAUAUUGGCCAACAGUUGAUCUCUCUGCAAAUUGUGUGUUUAGAGAAAUUUGAAGGAGAAUUUAAACCAUUUGUUUUCAUAAUCAAAUAUAUCAACUUACAAUUCUGAGCCUAUUUUUUAAAGUUAACUUCCUAAUGUACCAGAACUUGUAUCUGUCAUUUCCCCAUAAAGUUGAUGAUGGGAUAUGUCAAUUUUUGAAAACUAUGUAACAUAACUUUCAUUAAUAUUUUUUAUCAUUUUCAGAAUUAGAAAUACACUUAGGGGAAAAUGUUUUCAUUAGAUAAUUCUACUUUUAUGUGUCCGCAGUGGUGUAUUAUGAAAUACAGGCAAAAUAAAAGCAUUAAUAAAUGUUUAUAAUAUCACUUUAUGAGUAUUAAUAUCACUUAUGAGUAUUAAUGAAUUACCUAAUUAAAGUGUGUUGUAUAUUUUUUAACUGAGUUGAAUAGUUGGAAGCAUCUAGAAUAUUAUAUUGACUUUGACCUAUUGGAACUCAUAAACAGUAUGAUUCAAAAAUUGUGAAUAAUUUUUUAACCAAGCCAUAAAGCUAUUCAUGCAUUCAUUCAUUCAGUGAUUUAUCAAAUGCCUACUAUAUGCCAACCACUGUGUAAGGUAUUGGCAGAUACACACAGAAAUGAAAAAGACCCCGUGUCUUCAAGGAGCAUAUAGUGUAUUUGGGGGGAAGAGAGAUCUGUAUGUGAAUAAGAGCAAUAAAGUCUGCAUCUGUUAAUAAUUGAAGUGGUGAAGAGGGAUUGGGGGCAUUUGGAAGGAGGUGGGGCUAGGGAAUACCUACUGCUAGAAGACUCCCCUGAAAUCUAAAUUAGCCUUAGAGUAGGAUGACAGGAUAGGUGGGCAUUCUGGCAGAGGCCUUUGUUUGCCUCAUUUGUAAAUAAAUGUUUUUAUUGAAUGAUGACCAAUAUAUAUGUAAACUUUAGAAAUUCAGUUAAAACAGUUUCUUAAAGAACUUGCCAUUACAGAUAGAAAGGAAUGGCUUCUGUUGAGACAAGAGUAAGGUUGGAAAAGUAAUGUUUUAUGAUAAAGAGGCCAAAACUUGCCCAAAUCCCCCAAAUCAGAAUAUGGCUGUUAUGUACUUUCACUACCAGCAGAGCCAAAAAAAAAAUUUUAAUAUGUAUCAACAAUGAAUAAAUAUAUAAAAUGUCAUACAA